AUGAAUGAUCCUUUUCGCAUCUCCAACGGCGUUUCGGCCGCCGUUCCGCCGGCGCCAGGGUUCGUCCGUCGCCUCUCUGGCUCAGAGACGCGUCAGGAAUGCAUGGCGUGCGGCGCGCCGGCCGCCGUCGAGCUGUUGUACGGCCCUGGCGAGGCAGGCAGUAGUGAGCGCCUGCAGCUGGGAUCCGCGGUCAACGUGGCGGGACGAGCACUGCUCUGCAGCGUGGAAAGCGCCGAGCAGCUGCGGAAGCGCUUGGAGGACCAGCGCGAGGCGCUGGCGAAGAGGUCUCGCCCGGGCAGCUCGCCGGAGCCGCGCGCACAUAAUGUUUCAACCCAGGACGAGGGGGCUCAGCGCAACGGUCCCUCCGCCGAAACCGUCGAGGGAGAGGACCCGUUGGUGCAGCGCGUGGUCGGGCAGGUCGAGUGCAACGCGACGCAGGAGCACCGCCCGCACGGGCAGCAACUCGCCCCGGCACUCAGUUUGCCGUUGGAGGCAGACACGCCGUCUGAGGCUGGUGCUGCGUCCGAGGUUUCUUCCGAGGACGACAUCGCGGAGCUCUUCGCGCCGCAGCUGCAGGCCACGCCCGCGCGGGCCGCGAAACGGAAGCACUCUGCGAGCCCUGCUCCGUUGCCGUGGAGGGCGCCCUCCCGCCAGCGCGUGGCGCCGUCGCUGGCCGAACGGCUUCAUGAUAUUCAGGAUGAACUACACGAGGUGAAGGAGGGCCGGCGCACGAGUGAGGCGAACUUCAUCGUCAAAAAGGCCCUGCGCGCCGUGCUCGAUGUGCUGCCCGACGAGGCCUGGGCGAGGCCGCUGGUCGAUCGAUCAGCGCGCAGCCUAGGCGCACAGAGCUUCGUGAACCCGGGCGGCGCGGUCGAGCAGGUGAAGCAGACGGGCGACUUGGAGAAUUCAGAACUGCGGGAUCUACAAGAGCUCCUGCGGCUGCAUGGGUUCAACGAGCCACGCGACGCCGCGCCGUUCCUGGAGUCGAUCGAGUCGAAGCUGCGGGCGGAUGCGUUCAAGCGGGGGUGGCUCACGCGCGAGCCGGACUACGUCCACACGAAGCGCUUCAUUUGGCGGGAACAACUCAUUGCCGGGUUCCCGGACUGGGCGGGCGCCGCGGAGUCCGCGCUGGCUCUCUUGGAGGCACUGGAUGUGGACGGGUCUUUGUCGGAGAAUGGUAAGCUCGGGUUCUCGCUCGCGGAGAAGCACUGUCGCCUGGGGCGCAAGAGCUGGGCGGAGCGCUUCGCACGCGUCUGGCGGCGCAUUCGCUGGACCUGGGACCAUAUCCCGUGCUCGGCAUGUCGACCCGGCAUCGGGCCGCGCUCGAGGGAGUGGGCGGCGCGCAUCGAGAGGGCGAGAGACGAGUGCGACAUCGAGGCGCUGAAGAGGGGCAUCCUCUGGGUCCUGGACGAGGCGCUGCGGCCGGGCGCGCGGGUGCGGAAGCGGAUCCCGUCCGAGAUGGAGGGGCGCAAGCCGAAGGUGAAGCCGAGCGAGCUCAAGCGGCUGCAGAAGUGGACCCAGGCAGAGGAGCAAGAGUGGCGGAGGAACCUCCGCGAGUGCCGCGGUCCGAUCCGUCUCGGGAACCUCGUGUGGCAGCUCGACACAAAGCACAUGGACUAUCAGGAGUAUGCGUCCUCCGAUGACGACGACGACGACGACGCGCCCCGCCGCGUGAGCUUCUGGCUGGCGCCCACGAGGCCGGGGUCUGAAGCCUCCCCCGAGCGGAACACGGACCGCAGCGGCCCCGGGGGACCGUCGAGCGGCGCGGCAGCACGGAUGGAGAGCGAGGGCGUGGUGGACGACCGGUCUGAGAGGGCGGGGGGCGGCGGUACCGGGGUGGACGUUCCGCGCGUGAAGACGGAGCCGCAGGACGCGCUCGGCGUGAGCGGCGCGCCCGGAGGGCAAGCUCCACUGGGUCAAGAGCACGUGGGCGCUCUGGGCGGUCGGUGCGGUGCCGCCAGCUCGGCCACGCCCCCCCGCGGAGCCGUGGCCGGGCUGCUGGCGGCGAGAGGGCUGCUGAAAAGGGGCUCGGUUGCGCCGGCGGGCCAGGAGGCUUCGGGGCGCGGGGACGAAGGUCCGUCUGAGGUGGAGCAGUCGGGCAGGGCGGACGCCGCGGCGCUAGGGGCACCGAAGAUGCGGGCGCGGAAGUCGACGCUGGGCCCGCGGGACGAGCUGCCGAGGGAGAAGAUUGCGAAGGCGCGCAAGUCCGCGGCAGCGUGGAGCGACGUGAAGCUGGAGCGGCUGCGGAAGAAGAUCGAGGCGCUGGAGAAGCGCGUGCCGAACGCCAGGAAGAAGAAGAGACUGCGGCCGCGCGUGGUAGAGCUGUGGCCGCCGGGGCACGCGUCGGACGGCGAGCCGUGCAUGUCGCCGCAAGACAACUGGUCGGCUGAUGCGCCGGACACAGAGUCGGACGACGACUCCGCGCACAUUGUGAUGAGCGACGAGGAUCCGUGCGACGUGCCGAUCUUCAGGCUCGGCGCGGAGGUCCGCAAGCGCGCGGUGCCGUCCGCCACGUACACGUGGCAGGCAAACAUCACGUGCACCGCGCUACCCAAAGACGUCGGCUACGAAUACUACAUCCCGUUCAACGUGUACUUGGAAGACGUGCAGUCUGACGCGGACGACGAGAGGGAGUCAGGGGACGACCGGCGCGGCGGCGGCGGCGUCGGGGGGCCCGGUCCGAGCAACGGCGGGGCGCCAGGCAGCCGCAAGCCACGUGGGGGGCGCGGGGGAGGCCGUGGGGGCUCGGGACACUUCCCAGGGCGAUCCGCGCCGCGCACGCGCCCGGCGAGUGGCGCAGGGGCAUCGAAGGGGAAUGGUGGCGUGCGACGGCGUGUGUGCGGGGCGGCGACGGUGGCGGAGGUGGAGCCGUCUGUUGUUGCGUCGUCGGAGAAGCGCGCGGGCGCGGCACCGCGGCGGCGUGUUCGCAAGAGUCUGCAGCGGCCGCAACCGGGUCGGGACGCGCGAGAGCUCGGUGCGCAGCCGCUUGGCAUGUGGCACGCGGGGGGCUGUGGGAACGCAUUGCCCCCCCUGGCAGGCCCAGGGGUCGACGCGGUCGGCGGCGUCGCGACGGCCGUCGCUGCGCCUGCUGCCGCCGUGAAUGUGCUGCCAUUCCAGCCCGGCAAGCUCGCGGCGCUGCCGGCGUCGGUGUCGGCGAACACGGUGCACUCGGACGACACAGUGAUGCAAUGCGCGGCGGAGGAUGAGGUCGGCUCUGCGGAGACGCUGGCGACGCGCACCACGUCGGCGCCACCACCAGCGGCACCGGCUGCGCACUACUCAGCGGCGGGGGCCGCUGCUGCUGAAAAGCUUGCCAGCGUGUGUGCGCGCACUAUGAAGACCACGCAGGAAGGAACACGCCACGCGACGACCUCACCGGGCGCCGGCGGGCAGAGCGGCACGGGCGCUGCAGCGGGCGGGGGAGACGGCGGGUCGGCUGCGCGUGCUCCCGCCAAUGGCAGCAGCGGCGGCGCACCUGGCGGUCAAGGCGCAGGGGGCAGCGCGCAGCCUCGAGGGGGAGGCGCUAGAGCAGGCAAUGUCGGGGAGGCGCCUGCGUCCGAGCAGGAGGAGCGCGGCAACCCCUACUGGGUCAACGAGAACAUGGCAGUCGUGUGCAUUAGCUCUUCGUCUGAGGACGAGGCUGCAGGGACGGCCCGAAGGCGCGGAGAGGGGCCGGCUGGCGGAGGGCAGCCGAGCCGGCGACAGGUGCCGCCCGUGGUGGUGGUGACGCUGUCGGACACUGAUGAGGAGAUGGAGGGCGCUAGCGACGCGCCGGCGACGCGGGGGGGGGGGACGGCGCCAAGGCCCGCCGACGCCGAGGUCGGCGCGGCGCCGGCGACCAUGGCGGCGCGGGAGGCACCCGCGGCGGCGGACGAAGGUGUGUCGGGUCAGGGCGCGGCGAAUGCCCCCCCUCGUUUGCGAAUGCUCCCCUUCAUUCGCCAAGUGCCGUCGCUGGUUGCCAAGACGGCACGGACGCCGCUGCCGCCGACGAGACGCAAAGUGGCGAAGAAUGUGGGUCUGGAAGCGGGCCUUGCAAGCCUGGGAAAUCCGAUCGAAGUUGACGACCGCGACAGCGACGACGAUGGAAACAGCCACCGGGGCGAGCAGGGUCCAGCCAUCGGCGGCGCUGGUGGAGGUGGCGGCAAUGCGCGUACGCCUGAUACUGCUUCUGAUCGCGAGCAACAACUGGCCAAGAAGACUGCGUGCGGCACAGUGGAUGUGCGCAAGGGCGCCAGCAGGAACUCUCCCGCAGAGCGCGACGGACACGACGACAGCCGAGCUGUGUUGCCCGACUGCGUUGCGACGGAGAGAGCAGCGGCGGGCGGCAGCAGCGGGGACGACGAGCUUGGCGAGGACGGUGGGACGGGCUACGGUGCGACGAGAACUCCCCGGCGCCGCAUGUUCGCAGCGAAGACAGCGCGAACGCCGGCGGCAGAACCGGCCCCGGGCAGUCCUCGGCGCUAUCCCCUCGUCACCAAGGCGGCGCGGGGUCCCCCGGCUGUGGCAGCGCGGCAGGGGCCCGCAGCAGAGAAAGACGCGCCGGUCCGGGGCGCGGCCAGGUCCCCGCAGCGCUACAUGCUCGCCACCAAGGCGGCGCGGACGCCGCCGGCUGGACCUGUCGCGGAGGACGACGGGGCCAGGUCCCCGCGGCGCUACAUGCUCGCCACCAAGGCGGCGCGGACGCCGCCGGCUGGACCUGUCGCGGAGGACGACGGGGCCAAUACAUCUGGAGACGGCAGCGGGCAUCAGAGACGAGUGACGGACCAGAGAGACUGGCUGCCGAUGCGCAUCCCUGCACCGGGCGGUAUGCGGUUCGCAACGAAAGCGCCCCGACCAGCAGCACAGGCCGCUGACCCAGCAGGCGGGAGCAGCAGCGACGAGGACAACAGCGGUGGGGACUCUGGGGCGGAGGCUCAGGCUGACGAUGCGCGCCUGACUGCGCGGCGAAUGCUUCCCGUCGAGGACGACGAAGACGGCAGCAACGCGGACGGGUCGCCGAAACGCCCUCCGUCCCCUGGCGCCCGCGUCCUCCCAGCGCCCCCUCCUCCCGUCGACCUGUGCGAGGAGAUCGACGUUUCAAGCAGCGAAGAGGGCGACGACGAGCUCUACGACCGCAAGGUGAAGCUGUCGGUGGACGUGGAGCGCGAGGACGGGUCCCAGCCGCUCUGCACUGAGUGCGCACGGGUGCAGCCGACGCUGAUGCGGGCCGACGGGACGCAUCUGUGCGUGGCGUGCGCGCCGCGGUGGCUGCGGUCGACGGCCGCUGAGACGGCGCAGAGCUGCUGUGUCUGCCGUCACGCACGCGUGUCGCCUAGCUGGAUCAAGCAACCUGUCGGGAGCGGCCUUGUGUGCAUGCACUGCGCUUGCAUGACGUCGGCGCUCCUGCGGCGCCGCGAGUGUGCGUGUGGCGCCACGUCCGACGCGGCCGAGGACGGGCGCGCGCACGUGGCGCUGACGGACGACGGGGAGGCCGGGCAGUGGGUGUGCGACAGCUGCGUGGACGCGGUCCCGCGGCCGCCGGGGCCGGGGUGCCUGGAGUGCGGGCGCACGAGCAGCAAGGGCUGGGUGCCGGAUCCGCUGCGGGUGCUGCGAGGCCAGCCGUGGGGCCCGGAUCGCCUCUGCAUGGAGUGCCUGCCUGAGGCGGUGCAGAGCGCAGUCUGCUGCUACCGCACAUUGCUGAGUCAGAGACUGUCUGAUGCGAAGAAGCCAAUGUCCCUCGCGCUCACGGCCCGAUACCGCUUCAUGGCGGCGAACCGCGAGGAAGCGGCCGCCCAGCUGGGCUCGGAGGGACCCGGCGGAGGAAACAUCACGAGGGUGCUGCACCAGAUGUGGAACAAGCUGAGCGAGUCUGAGCGGCAGGAGUGGAUCGCGCGGGCAAGGAAGGAUCGGGAGAGGCAGGUGGAGCUGCGCGAGUCGUCUCCCGGGUCCGGUUCCGGCAGCCACGGCAGUGGUCCGUCGGAUGUCGCGCAGGGCGCAGCGAAGAAGCUGCCGCUCAAUCACGCUGGUGACGCGGCGGUCGCUUGCCCUGGGUGCGGCGAACGCGCGGCGUCCACGCUGGCUACGCGCACGAAGCACUUGAAGCCGCUGUGCGAGGCGUGCGUGCGCGCGUGGGUGGAGGUCGUGUGUGGGGGUCUGGUGUGCUCUCAGUGCAGCGCCCGGGUCGACUGGGACAAGGUGAACAAGGAGAACAAGGAGGCGAUCAACCCAGGCGAUGGUCGCGUCGUCUGCAUUGGCUGCGCGCCGGGCACCGGGCGCGCGAAGCGGCAGUGCCGCCUGCAGCAGCCAUCUGGGCUGCAGCAACCGGCGGCGAGGCACCGUGCGCGCGGGAACGACGGCCUUCCGGGGUGCAUCUGCGACAAGAUCCGCGGCGAGGACACCGGCGUCGGCAAGGCUGGGGAGGCGUUCAGGCUAUGGAAGUUGGACAAUCCUGACACGUGGUUGGCGCAACACGCCGACUGCCUGUGGGAGGCGAUGCUGUUGACGGACUGCAUGCCGCCGACGCGCCUUCAGGUCGAGCGCAUCCCGGGCAAGGGCUGGGGCCUUGUCGCGCGCGAGGCCAUUCCCAAAAACAGCUUCGUGAUGGACUUUGGCGGAAUAUUGAUGGCGGAGGACAAGGUGCUCGAACACGACGCGCAGGUGUCGUACCGGCGGAGCGUGCACUCGAACAACUUCGAGAUCUGGUCGCGCGACGUGUCGAAGAAGCUCAUCCUGGUGCCCACGCGGUAUGGCAACGCAGCGCGUAUGAUGAACCACGCCUGCGCGGACGGGACGAUCGACUCCGGGUACCAGAACCCGUGUCCGCGCGCGAUUGAGAAGCUGCAGCGGCUCGCGAAGGAGCUGGGCAUCGAUAGCGAGAACAAGCGGGCCGAUCCGAACAAGAUCCCGGAGGGGGGUAUUGUUCCGCCUUAUACCUACCUGAGCGCGGCGGACCACAUCGACAGGUUGCGCCGGCUCGGGACGGGCAGCGUGCUUCCGGACCUUGACAAGCUCCGGGAGGACGGCCGCGCCACGGGGUGCCGCGCGGCGCUCCGGAAAAUCAACUGGGAGGCCAAACCGGUGUUUUUCACGGUGACGGACGUGCCCGAGGGGGCGGAGCUGGUGUACAACUACAACAUGAAGCUCGACGACGGGCGGUCGCAGCACGACGUGGGGAAGAAGCGCUGCAAGUGCGGCGCACCGGGGUGCAAGGUGUGGGUGCUGUAG